UAAUUCUAUUAAAUAGAGUACUGCGAGUAUUAUUAGCUACGUAUUAAAUAUUUGUGAACUUUUGUACAAAACAUUUUGCAAUGAUAAAUUCAAGAUAUUUUUUGAUAUUUUAUUUGAGUUUGUUUAUUAAAUACUCGUAUCCUGUAAUGGCAUUAGCCCUGAAGGAUUUGGCAACAAAUAUCAGUGAUGAUGCGGCUGUUUCCUCAUCCCACGCACGUACGGAAGAAGAGUUCAAGUAUGAUGGUCGCAUCGUAGGUGGCUUUGUGACAUCAAUUGCAAAUUAUCCCUAUCAGGUUUCAUUGCAAUAUCACAAUGCUCACAUUUGUGGUGGUUCAAUUGUAGCUCCCAAUAUCAUUUUAACGGCAGCUCAUUGCAUUGAACAGCCCUGGGAUACGGCAGCAUUUCGUGUACGUGCCGGUUCCUCUACUCAUCUCUAUGGUGGUCAAUUGGUCGGUGUCCGUCAUAUAUUAAAGCAUGAAGCAUACAGUAGUUCGACACUGGAUAGUGAUGUGGCUUUGGUAGUGCUUAAUAAAAAUCUUAUCUACACACGCACGGUACAGCCAGUCGAGUUGGCCGCAUGGGGCGAACAAUUGCCAAACGACGACGACGACAAUGAGUUCUUUGUAAGUGGCUGGGGGUUGACAAGCGAAACGGGACUAGUGUCUCCUCUACUCAACUUUGUUGCUGUACAUUUAAUUAAUCAAAAUACUUGCUCAAAGAAUUAUCAAUAUAUUGCAACAAUCAGUUCAAAAAUGUUUUGUGCUGGUUACCCCCAAGGUGGCAAAGAUAGUUGUCAAGGCGAUUCUGGUGGACCAUUGGUGAGUUAUGUUCCAUUAUCGUUGACGCCGUCGUCAUCAUCAACGUCAUUGCCAUUGACGUCAGCAACAAUAGCCGCAACCAAGCCAGUAUUUGAAUUACAGGCAAAUGCUAUGAAACCCAAACAGUAUGGUAUCGUUUCAUGGGGUAUUGGUUGCGCUCAAAAGAACUAUCCAGGUGUUUAUGCCAAUGUGGCUGCCUUAAGGCCUUGGAUAGAUGCAAAACUAAAUGAAAUUAAUUAUUUAUAUUCUAGUUAAUUUAAGAUAUACUUAUAUGUUGUCUGUACAAUCAGACAAUCUUCAUUAUAGAUUUAAUUUAUUUAUUUAUAUGUGUUUAUUUAUUAUUGAAAUAAAAUCUUGUCGUUUUAUUCAAUUCUCGUUCUAAAUUUGUAUGAGUGGAAAUAAAAUUGUAAACACAACAAUAUUAAAGUUA